GAAUAUUACCCACAAUAAACAACCAAAAUGAAUGGCCAGCCAUCACUUUACGGUAUUCAGAGCACGGCUGGUGCCAUUCCAGUGCGUAAUCCAAAAGGUGAACUGUCCAUGCAAAAGGUGAAAGUCCAUCGAUACGUAUCUGGAAAACGUCCUGAGUAUGCCCAGCAUUCUAGCAGUGAAGAGGAAUCUGAUGAAGAUGACUUCAUUGACAACCGAAGAACGGCCGAGGAAUCCUAUCGGGAGUCUCGUCGUCGCGAAGAAUCAGACGAAGAAGCUGAUGCCCUUCCGGGUGAUGUGGACGAUCCACGUAUUCGGCGUCUACAGGCAAUUCGCGCUGCCGAAGCUGAAGAAAUCGAGCGUGAACGGCGUGAGCGGCAUCGAUUUAUACAUGAACCAGAACUGGUGCAAUCGGAAGACGAAGAGGAAGCCAUCGAGAUGGAAGAGGAAGAGCCCGGACAGCAUUUGCGGCAUCGACGCAGACCGGAGCAGUCUGAAGACGAUGAAGCAGAUGAUGACGAAGAGGAGGCUGGCGAAGGAUUGGCGAGAACACGACGCAUUUCGAUCGGAUCGGAGUCAGAAUCUGAUACGGAGCUUAGUGAUUCCGAGAUCGAACGGAGACGAAACAUGCUGAGACAGAAAAUGAUGCAGCAGAAGAAGGAAGAGGAAGUGUUGCAAAAAGAGGACGAAGGCCAAUCGGAUACUUCCGAAUCGGAAAGUUCGGAAUAUGAGGAAACAGAAAGUGAAGAGGAAAAUGAACCAAGAUUGAAACCAUUAUUUGUUCGUAAGAAGGAUCGUACUACAGUAAUCGAAAAAGAGCGUGAGGCUAACAAACAGAAACAACUUGAAUACGAAUCUAAGAAAGCUGCCAAGGAACGUCGUCGUCAAACGUUGAAGCUCGUAGAAGACAGCAUCAAAAAGGAUAUGGAAAAAGCCAAGGUAGAUAACGAACCGAAUCUGAACGAUGUCAAUACAGAUGAUGAGAAUGAUGAGGUGGAAUACGAGGCAUGGAAGCUGCGGGAACUAAAACGUAUCAAACGAGACCGCGAGGAAAAGGAAGGAUUAGACAAGGAGAAGUUGGAAAUCGAACGCAUACGAAAUAUGACGGAAGAGGAACGUCGCCAGGAUCAACGCCUCAAUCCAAAACUUGUUACAAACAAAACGGUCAAGGGCAAGUACAAGUUCUUGCAAAAGUACUACCAUCGUGGUGCAUUCUAUCUGGACGAGGAAGACCAAGUAUACAAGCAGGACUUCUCUGCACCGACACUGGAAGAUCACUUUGAUAAGACCAUCCUGCCAAAAGUCAUGCAAGUCAAGAACUUUGGUCGUUGCGGUAGAACCAAGUACACCCAUUUGGUGGAUCAGGAUACUACUAAGGCCGAAUCACCUUGGUUUGCUGAUUCGGCAAAUAACACUAAGUUCUACAAUGAGCGAGCUGGAGGAAUGAGACAGGUGUUUGAUAAGCCAUCAUUGUAUAAAAAUAAACGCGAUAUUUAAGGUAGUACAUAACAAUCCUGCUUAGCACUAAGGGUUUAUU